AUGGUUGCAUCCACCUACUUCCAGAAGAUCAAAUUCCAGAUGGACGACAAGGUGGGAAAGGUCAAAGGUGACCAGUUGGCCACACGCCAAUGCUACGUCGAGAUGGUCAAAUCAGAAGCAAGGGCCACUCGAAAAAAUCCGCUCUUGGAGGUGAACACUAUCACGGAUAAGCCUUCUACGCUGGUUUACGAGGAAAAGGAGGAGAGGCUUAGGGAGUGGUGCGAAGGCUAUGACAUCCAGCAUGCCUUCACCUUUGUGGCCUACCCCCAAAGUAAUGGCCAAGCGAAGGUCACCAACUGGGAGAACCUCAGAGGCUUAUGGGCUCGACUUGACCACGCAGAAGGCAGCUGGGUUGAUGAGCUCCCUAGUGUUCUGCGGGCCCUCAGUACGACUCCAAAGGAGGCGACUGGUGUAACACCAUUUCACUUGGUGUACGGCGAUGAAGCGAUGGUUCCCGUGGAGGUCGGAGUAAAAACUGACCAAGUGCAGCUCUACGACAAGGGGAACGCCGAGCGAAGACUCAUGGAGCUCGACUUAGUGGAUGAGGCAUGGGAUAAGGCUAUUGUUCGGUUGAUAGCAUAUCGAUAG